UUUGAGUCUUUGAAGUAAGCAACCUGAUUACCUCUUCCUAAUUUUUCCCAAUAAAUCGUCCUGGUUCAUGUUGUAGAGAAAAGAUAGCAUCAACUAUAUAUAAAAGCCCCUAGGCUACAUGAAUAUUCAUCACCAAUCCUUUCAAUUAAAAAGGUAAUAACAGUGAAAGAAAACAUUUCAACCAAUCAUGGGUGACUUGGGAGAGUUUGAUUCAUCAUUCAUUCAGGCCUUAGAACACAGGCCGAAACCCAAUGCUACUGAAGCACAAGGGAUACCCUUGAUUGAUCUCUCACCCAUUAGUUGCCAUGAAGAUGUUGAAACAAACUCAGAAACUGACCCUGCUUCCAUUGAGGAGCUUGUCAAACAGGUUGGAAGUGCCUGCAAGAACUGGGGUUUCUUCCAGGUGAUCAAUCAUGGGGUGCCUCUUGAUAGGCGCCAGAGGAUCGAAGCGGUGGCGAGGGAGUUCUUUGCGCAGAGUUUGGAGGAGAAGAGGAGGGUGAAGAGGGAUGAGGUGAAGAUAAUGGGAUACUAUGAUAGAGAACACACAAAGAAUGUUAGGGAUUGGAAGGAAGUGUUUGAUUUUGGUGUUGAGGAUCCAACUUUGGUUGCAGCCUCAACUGAUCCUGAUGAUGAUAGUGUUGCUUAUUGGACUAAUCAGUGGCCUGAAUACCCACCCAAGUUCAGCUAGGGAUGUUGGCAAGUUGAUAAUGAAGUUGAUGGAGCUUAUAGCACUAAGCCUAGGCUUGAAAGCAAAGAGGUUCCAUGAAUAUUUCAAAGAUCAAACAAGUACCAUUCGACUCAACUACUACCCACCAUGCCCUUCCCCUGAACUCGCUCUUGGGGUUGGACGCCACAGGGACAAUGGAGUCUUAACAGUGCUAGCUCAAGAUGAAGUUGGAGGUCUUCAAGUUAAGCGACGAACAGAUGGAGAGUGGAUUGGGGUGAAGCCCACACCAGGUGCCUUUAUCAUCAAUGUUGGUGACAUAAUGCAGGUGUGGACGAAUGAGGCUUACAGAAGUGCAGAGCACAGAGUGGUAGUGAAUUCUGUGAAGGAGAGGCUUUCAAUUCCAUUCUUCCUCAACCCAGCUCACUACACUGAGGUGAAGCCACUUGAGGAGCUCAUAGAUGAGGAACACCCUCCCAAGUAUAGGCCAUAUGUUUGGGGCAAGUUUCAAGUUAUUAGAAAGCGGAGUAACUUCAUCAAACUCAAUGUUGAUAACAUCCAAAUUGAUGAUUUCAGGAUAGCACCUUAAUAAGGCUGGUUAAUUGGAAAUUUGGAAUAUAAUUGGGAGUCCAUACAAGUUACUACUAUUAUCCUAUUAAUAAAGGGUGAUUAUUUAUGGAAAUGGAUUCUCUCAAUUUUGUUUUUAAUAAUUGAGAAAAUAAAGUAUAAUUUUUAAUUUUUUAAUAUUUUUUUAUUUUAUUUAUAAAAUUAAUAAUAAAAAAUUAUAUUUUAUUCCUUUAAUUAUUAAAAAAGAUUAAAAGAAUUCAUUCCUGAUUAAUCAUCAUGUUUCUGAAUUUUAAAAUGGGAUUUGAUUUUUUCUUUUCGGUAUAAGAUGUCUCAUGUUUUAUAGGUUUAUUCUCUCUGCUCUUGAUGAACACGACACUGCCACUAAAUUUACUAAUAAAUCUUUUGGCUUUUCUCGUA